UUUUGAAUUUUGUAUUUUGUGAUAAGUAUUGAAAUAUUAUUGAAUCUUAAAACUUAUAAAAUCAAACUGAUUUCUAUUUAUGAUACUUGAAAAAUGAAUGCCAUUAUUGGCGUUGGACAAUUUUGUGAGAUACAUGGACCAUGUUUAGUAUUUUGUACACAAACAAUUGUAGAAAUAAAUAAUGAACCGAUCGAUGAAUUUGAAUUGGACGAUAAUACUGAACAUUCACGAUUAUUACACACUUGUGAAGGUUGUACAUCUAUUGGUAUUGGACAAGCAUUAAUUAGUAAGGAUCAUGAAUCUGAUCAAGUUAGUUACAUUAGCACACAAACACCUAGAAAAAAAUUACUUCGACAAAGUCUUAAACAAGCAUGUGUACGAAGUUUAAGUUGUGAGAUUGGAGGUAACUCAAAAUCAAAUGAUGAUUGUACGAUGUGUUAUUGUGACGGUGAUCAAGGUGGACACACUGUACUCUGCUAUACUUGGCGUAUUCCUGAUGCAAAAGCACGUGGAUUUGACCGUUGCUUAAUAAUUGUCUUAUUAAUGAAAGAUCGUUUUAUGUUAAUGAGCGUUUGGCCAUUUUUUAUUAAACAUAUUGAAGAAUUAGUUAAACAGUUACAGGCAAAAGCAAAAGAGGUAUGUGAAAUUGAGCAAAGUAAUGGAAACAAUAAAGGAGCAAGGAUACAAUCUGGAUGUGCACCAUCAUGUGCACCUCGAAGUCUUGCAUAUUUAACUGGAUUACCAACUAUUUGGAAUUUAUUACAUACUCGAUUUUCAUGGAUUCUUCAUUCAGCACCAAAAAUUUUACGUGAGGUUCCACCACCACGUUAUUCAUCUAGUCUAAUAGAUUCACAAGCCAAUAGGAAUUCAAUUUUAAAAGAUACAUCCUUUCGAGAUUUACAUUCUAAAUUAUCCGACGAUAAUUUUAUCGCUGUUUGUCAUUGUGUUACUACUGGUAUACAGGUUGUUUUUCGUGGGGACGAAAGUGAGGGAGCACAAUAUAUACAAUUGCUAAGUGUUUUAUUACCUCCAGGAAAAUGUUUUACAACUUAUAGUUCAACAUACUUAUUACCAUCAGAAUGUUCUCUAUUAGCGGUUGGUUUUGGUAUUGCUUUACCAAAAACAUGCGCGGAUGUAUUCAGAAUUGAUAUGCUAAAAACUGAAUGGGUUGUGAGAUGGGAUGGAUGUGUUCCUGAAAAAGCCAAUAAAUUAUGUAGUUCAAUUCUGAAAGCAGUUUUAAAUGAAAAAAUUAAUUCGGCAACAUUAAGAGCUCAUAUUCAAAGUAUAAUUUUAAAAUGGCAAAAUACUGCUGGAACCCUAAAUAUGGCUGGUAGUAGUAGUAUAAAUAACAAAACAUUAUUACGAACCCUUGGAGUUGGCGAUGAAGAUCUACAUUUUGUUAGUUAUUGGGCAACUUGUUUACAAAAAAUAAAUAAUCGUUAAAUUAUCAAUUUUAAUUAAUUAAA